AUGAUCGUCGGCUGUGGCCUCCUCAACCCCAGAGACCCGCCCGUCCCAGGCUCCGCUGCAGGCCUUAGUGGCUCCGGGGACACGGCCUGGGCCUAUGGAGCGCCCUGGAUGGCGAUGGGUGUGGUUGGAUCUGGAGAAAUCGUCUCGGUCUCGCGUUCCAGCAUCAGGGGCUUCGAGAUCCCCACGAGGUGGACUUUUUUGAGGGGGAUCUCAAUUCCAUUGUUGCUCAUGAGAACUUCCAGGUCUCUUGUGUCAUUUCCUCUGGCCGACUCGGGGGACUCGGGGAUUUCUCGCGGAAGCGUGGGGCGGCCGAGGGGAGGGGGAACGGUAGACGUCGAUCGCCCUGGAAUGCUCGUUCUCUAUCCUCCGUCGGAGUCUCGCGUAGGCUGGCAGAGCUCCUGUCUGCGGGAGAAGGAAGAUGGUCCGUGUCCCCUGAACCUGAACAUCUUCUUUCGGGGCGACGUUGCCAAAUCCGUGGUUUUCCCACCCCCCAUUUUCCCCCAUUUUGACGGGCACUUGACCGGCCAUUUGCACUACGGGCAAUCAACGACCCCCGUCCGAGACCACGGACCGUUCGACGUCCUUUCGUAUCAUCGUAUCAUCGUACCAUUGUACCAUUGUACCAUCAUACCAUCAUACCCAUCAUACCAUUUUCCUAUCCAUACUAUCCUACUAUCGUGCCAUCAGAACCCACUUGGUACACAGCUGUACCCAUCGCGUCCUCUUGUCCUCCGCCGUACGGCCGUACCAGCUUUCCAGCUUCCCAGCUUCCCAGCUUCCCUGCCCCAGUUACCACCUUACCCCCCGUACACUUUUACCACCUUACACUUUACCACUUUACCACUUUACCACUUUACCACUUUUACCACUUUACCCCAGUUCCACGGACUCUGGGAUCGCUCCUGCUCUCCCCCGCCUUACCCUUCCUACUUCUACGACCACGACUCUCUUCUUCCCUUCUCCUUCUCCCCUCUUCCACCUCGUGCCAUCCAUUCCCCCUUCCCGCGGAAUCGUCUCGGUUCUUUUCUGUUCUUGCUUCGCUUACCUUUCAUCCUCCCACACCAUGAGCCGCCCUUGAAGGGUCUCGGUUGCUCCACAACGUCAUCCGUGGUCACGCUACCAAAGCUCCCCUCACGCCUUUCCGAGCGCAUUCGCUCAUCUCCACCGGUGGCGAUCAAUCAAUCAUCGAUAGAGCAAAGAGCAAAAGACACACGAAGCACAAGAGAUAAGGCAGAGACCAACGCGACCUCCAUUCAGCGACGGCGCAUUUCUCUCCUCCCCUCUCCGUCUCCCUCUCACCCUGCCCCCCGGUCGCUGCUGGUGACCACCCGGCCUCCCCCACCCCCCUGCUGCUACUCGCGCACCAACUAA